UGACGCAUGAAAGAAACUUUGGUUGGCGCCAUUUUGUGCAUUUGUAGUUGAUGUAGAUUAUAUUUCAGCUGAGUUUUUUUUGCGAUUUCUCCGUCAUGGCUGCAGAAGGUGGCUAUCUUACCGAACUUCUAACUGAAAAGGACAACUUAGACCCGUCUUUUGUUCAUUCAAUGCGCUUAUUAACCGAAGAAAUCAACCGAAUGCAAAAUGGUGGUGCCCUUCCAGUUGGACAAGUAAAAUUAAAAGUAGAAAAGACAACUAAUGGCAAUACUAUACCACCUGCAUCAGAAAGUCCUGUCGUGUCUAAGCCAUUACCUGCUGCUGCCCAGUUACCUGUAGCUCCCGUUGCAAGCCCUGAGACUCCUCCACCUGCCAGGCUACCAACCCAUCAAUUUCGUAGACCUGUUGAUGUUUUUGAUAGCAAACUUUAUCAGCCCACGAAAUUGAGCGAAAAAGUCUUCAUCCCAGUUAAAGACUACCCUAAGUUUAAUUUCGUUGGAAAACUACUUGGUCCUAGAGGAAACACCUUCAAGAGACUUCAGGCAAAUACUGGGACAAAAAUGUCCAUCCUUGGUAAAGGUUCGAUGCGAGAGAAGGAGAAGGAGGAAGAGUUGCGAAGCUCUGGUGAUCCAAAGUAUGCACACCUUGAGCAAGAUCUCCAUGUUCUCAUUGAAGUGGAAGCUCCCCCAGGCCAGGCUCAUGCCAGAUUAGGUCUUGCCAUUGAAGAGAUAAAGAAAUUUCUUGUACCUGAAAACAAUGAUGAAAUCCAUCAGGAACAAAUGAGAGAAAUGGCAAUUCUUAAUGGCAUGGAGGAGCCAGCACCCACGGCAGCACCAGUAGCAGUGCCUGCACCUGUUCCCAGAGGACGCCCACAUACCAGAGGGGUACCACACCAUCCCCACCAUCCUGCACAUCAUGGUCGGGGUGCACCAGUUCCACGGGUGGCUGCUAUUCCAAGACCAAGAGGACCCCCUGUUGGUCAUGUCAGUGUAACAGCAGCACGAUCUGCUGCAGGACUCGGACCCUCUUCCCCGACAGUUGCUCAUGCAGCACCCAGAGCAGCUGCAGUCCCAGGAGAUCCAUAUGGAGUAAGUUAUCCUGUACCUUUGUUUUAAAAGGGCCACUCAAAUCAAAUUGAGUCACAUUUAUGUUACAGUACUGCUCAAAAGUAAGUUACCACCUCUCGUCUCAUUUCUCG